AUGGCGGAUGACACGGAGGAUGUUGCGCUGGACUUUGCAGCUGACGAGCAGGAGAGGGCGCGGAGAAGCGCAGUCUUAAGACACCCCUUGGCAUCCUUCUUCCACCUGUUCUUCCGAGUGGUUGCCAUUGUUGUCUAUUUGCUCUGUGACUGGAUCAGCAAGAACUUUGCACCCUGUUUUGUCCUGAUCAUCACUCUGCUUUCUUUUGACUUUUGGUCUGUCAAGAAUGUGACUGGCAGGCUGUUGGUGGGGCUGCGUUGGUGGAAUCAGAUUGAUGAAGAUGGAAGGAGCCUCUGGGUGUUUGAGGCCAAAAAAGCCUCCCGGGGCAAUAACACUGGGACAGAAGCUGAGGAGAGGAUAUUUUGGCUGGGUCUAAUUAUCUGUCCUCUCAUUUGGACAUUCUUCUUCUUCACCUCUCUGUUCUCCCUGAAGAUUAAAUGGCUGUCUCUUGUGGUCGCUAGUAUUUCCCUCCAACUGGCUAACCUCUAUGGUUAUCUACGAUGCAAAGCGGUGGGACAAGAUGGCCAGCCUCCAGACUCCCGCUCUUUCAUGGGACAGCACCUCCUGCAGCGUCCAGACAUCAUCUAUGGAAUACUGUGA